GCCCGCACGCCCGCCCUGCCCGCACGCACCAGCAUUUCCACUGGCUAUCUCCUGGAGAUACGCAGCCUGCUCCGUUUAGAUGCCUCUUCUUUUUGAUUAAUCGGAGGCUGUGGAAAAUUGAACUGCAAUUGGCUCCUCGGUUGUCAGUUUCAGAAAGAUGGGAAGCUUGCUGUGCAGCAUUUCCACGACCUGGCGCCGGCGGCUGUGAGAAAUGGAAGCUGUUGCAGAGAGCCACGGCUCUGCAGAUUUGUUGGAGAGGUCUUCGCAGGAGCGAGUCCUCGUAAACCCAAUGGAGCAACAAGAUGAACAAGUUGGAGACUUGUCCCACCAUGGCAGAAGACAGGAGCUCGGUUCACCACCCAUCUCCUCUUGUGAGCACAGAAAAAGCUUACACCAGGAGGAGGAAGAAGUCACAAUGAUGAGGAGGAGUGAGAACUACCUACUAGUCCCUGCCGAGGACAAAAACUUGGGCAGGGACUUCAACGAAACAGCCAGGAACAAUGAGUCAAUGCCAAUGAAAACUCUUUAUGCGAGUGAUGGCUCAUUCCUGCAUCUGCCUCUUGGUCCGUACUUCUCUGAUGGACUGCGCCGUGUGGACUAUGUUCUGACAUACAGCAUCCAAAAGCCCAGCGGCAUCCGACAGCAGUCAUCCAAGUUUAGUGAAAACAACUUCUUACAAAGGCUUCGAUGCAGCCUGAGCUCAAGAAGCAGCCAAGCUCCUCUACAGCCUAAGGAGGACCCAGAGAUUGCAGCCACAGACCAACAGGCUAAUUAUCAUGAGGAUGACAAGCGCUUUAAGCGUGAGGAGUUUGAGGAAAACCUUCAAGAGAUGGAGCUGGAGCUGGAAAAGGAUGAAGAGAGUAAAAUCCUUGGAAUCGGCUUCUUGAAGAUCCAUGCGCCUUGGACUGUUUUGUGUCGAGAGGCUGAGAUCAUGAAGCUCAAGAUGCCAACAAAGAAGGUUUAUGAAGUUAAACAAGGCAGCAACCUAGUGGAGAAAAUCCGACUGUUCAUUCACAAAGUUACUGAUCCUCUCCACCCAAAAGUGGAUCCCAAACGACCGGAAGAUGUCAAAUCACUCUCACUUCCCUUCUCAAGGGAGAAGCAGCAUCUUUUUGACCUGUCUGACAAAGACAAAUUCUUUGACAGCAAGACAAGAAGCUUCAUCGUUUUUGAAGUACUGAAGAGGAUAAGAUGGACGAGACCCAACUAUUCUAUGGGGAUAACCAGUCUGCUAGCCAAUGGUGUCUACACAUCUGCUUAUCCCCUGCAUGAUGGAGAGAUUGAGGACGGUGAUGCAGAGCCUAAUGACAGAAAGUUACUGUUCGAGGAGUGGGCCAGCUACAGCGUUUUCUACAAGUAUCAGCCUAUUGGACUGAUCAGGAAGUACUUUGGAGAGAAGGUUGGCCUCUAUUUUGCCUGGUUAGGAGUCUACACACAGAUGCUCAUUCCGGCUUCCAUCAUUGGUGUCAUUGUAUUCCUUUAUGGCUGUGCCACAGUUGAUGAUAACAUACCUAGCAUGGAGAUUUGUGAUCCAAGGAACAACAUCACCAUGUGUCCUAUGUGUGACCGUGCCUGCAGCUACUGGAAGCUGGUGACGGCAUGUGGCACAGCUAGAGCCAGCCAUCUGUUUGACAACCCAGCAACAGUCUUCUUCUCCAUCUUCAUGGCCCUUUGGGCUGUUCUCUUCAUGGAGCACUGGAAGAGGCGACAGAUGCGGCUCAACUAUGUCUGGGACCUGACAGAUUACGGAAUGGAUGAGGAGGACCACAACAGGGCAGAGUAUGUGUUGCGGGUUGCAGAAAAGACCAUGAGACAAGAUAAAAGUGCUCCAAAGGAAGAGAAAGUGAAGCUAACAUGUACAGACAGAAUGCCAGCUUACCUCACUACUGUGGUCACGAUGGGCUUUAUGAUAUGUGUUACUUUUGCUAUAGCCUUUGGGGUCAUCCUGUACCGGAUCAGCAUUAAAGCCGCCCUGCAUAUAAGCACCUACCCUGCUGCACGUUCCAACAUCCGAGCCACUGUAAAAUCCACUGCCGCCAUCAUCAACCUCAUCGUCAUUAUCAUCUUAGAUGAGAUCUACGCUUCCAUCGCUCUCUGGCUUACCACAUUGGAGGUUCCAAAGACUGAUAAGAGUUUUGAAGAGCGCCUCAUUUUCAAAACGUUUAUCUUGAAGUUUGUCAAUGCCUUCGCACCCAUCGUCUACCUGGCCUUCUUUAGGGGCAGACUUGUUGGGAGACCUGGAAACUACCUGUACGUUGUUGGAUCAUACAGGAUGGAGGAGUGUGCUCAUGCAGGCUGCCUCAUGGAACUGUGCAUCCAGCUGUGCAUCACCAUGCUGGGCAAGCAGCUCAUCCAGAACAACCUUUUUGAAAUCGGCAUACCGAAGCUAAAGAAACUUGUCCGGAAAAGGAAGUCAGAGUUGACCUCCAAGCAAGAAGAGGAGCUCAACAAAACUCUGAAGUGCUAUGAGAAAGAUCACUUCCUGGGUCCUUUUGUUGGCAUCAGCCCUGAGUACAUGGAGAUGAUUAUCCAGUUUGGCAUGGUGACUCUCUUUGUGGCCUCCUUCCCUCUGGCUCCGCUCUUCGCUCUUCUGAAUAACAUCAUCGAAAUUCGUCUGGAUGCUAAGAAGUUUGUAAAGGAGCUACGCAGGCCAAUUGCAGCCAAAGCCAAGGACAUUGGUAUCUGGUACAACCUCUUGAGGGGCCUCAGCAAGGUAGCGGUCAUUGUUAAUGCUUUUGUCAUUGCUUUUACAUCUGACUUCAUCCCUCGGCUAGUCUACCAAUACAAAUACAGUUCUGAUGGGACUAUGCAUGGCUUUGUCAACCACACCCUGUCAUAUUUUAACGUCAGUGACUUUGAGCCGGGCACAGCACCUCUGCAGCCAGGGCACUUGGGUCACGACGUAAAUGUCUGCAGGUAUAAGGACUACAGAGAGCCUCCCUGGUCCAGCACAGCAUAUCAACUGUCCAAAGAGUUCUGGGCCAUUCUAGCUGUGCGCUUUGCCUUUGUUAUUGUCUUUCAGAACGUGGUGAUGCUCAUGAGCGAUUUUGUUGACUGGCUUAUCCCGGACAUCCCCAAGGACAUCAGCCUUCAGAUGCACAAGGAGAAGCUUCUUAUGUUGGAGUAUUUUAUGAAAGAGGAGCAGGGUAAAAGGCUUACAGCACGGGACAACCACAGUCAUGCUGACUGCACCAGCCCCUCGUUGGAUAAUCAGAGCCCUCCACAGCCCCGUUCACGCCCCAUUUUCCAUGCAAGAGCUGGCUGGUAGUUUCACAAAUUAGUCAUUAUCGCAUGGCUUCCUUUUUUUAAAUUUAUGUAACAUGUCCCUGUCAGAAUAUUAUCCCUGAAAAUGCAGAUUGUUUUCCCGUAUUUUCCAUGUUCAAUGUUUUACAUAAUACACAGGUUCAGUCAUUGACCAAAAACGUUUUGAGAGGAAUAAGCCAUUAGGGGUCACUGUGGGACCAAGUUUAGGUUUACCUUUGAUGAAGCAGUGCCAAACACCACCUACAGCCUAACGUGUCUCAUAUUUUAAAGCAGGAUUUUUUUAAAUCUUAAAUUAUGUAAAUUGUGUAUUUGGGAUGAAAAUAUUAUGUCUUUUUUAUUAGAUUAACAUGGCUAAAGGGACUAAUGAUCAACAAAACACUACUGUUCUUCUUAAACAGCUUGUCUUCAAUAUUUAACAAGAAACCAUCAACUGCACUGUUUGCUGUAUGUAGAAAAGCCUGGGGAAGCACAGUGUGAAGCAGUUCUUAAACAUUUUGUCAGUAAAGUUGUUUUUUUUAUUUUUUGUCUCUCCUAGACAUUUACAUAUUAUGAAUGUGAUAUACAGUGAAGGCAUACAUGCAGGGUCUCAUAGCCUUGUUAUGGACUAGUGCUUUUCCCUGGUUUAUAUACUGUGUUUUAAGUGAAGCCCCUCCUGAGAUGUCGUUUUCCUGUCAUCUUUAGCGUCAUUGUGUUUAACAGUCUUUUGGACAUGCUUAAGUGUCUUUUAGUGUGUGUCAAAGCACAUGUACUAACAGGGGUGAGUGUAUCUGCAUGUUAAACCAAUAAGUUUAUCUCUGGUAUUGUUCUCUUUUUGUUCAUGUUUAGAAACUGUAAAUAAACCAUGGUUGAGUGGCCUAA